AUGCCCCUUUACCGACAGACCCAGGGGCUCGGCAGGAAGCCCGGGCGGACGGCGGCGCGGACACACACCCCACUCCGCCCCACCGCGAGCGCUGCCUCCCGCUCUCGGCAGUGGCCAGCCAUCCCCGGCGAAGGCUCCAGCCCGCUCCCAAACUCACGUGGUGCGACAGCCAAAGGUUACACGCAUCGCCGGGACGAGGAUGACACCGCCGUUAGAGGCGCUUCCCACCGCGGAGCGGCCCCGCGCGGGGCCAGGCUCACCAGCGGCGAAAUGCCCGCGAGGUCUUCGCUCUCCCGGCACCCGGAGUGGUGCCGCAUCCCUUCCUCGUCCGCACCGGUCGAUGAGSAGCUCGGCCAGGCAUCGAUAAAUCAAAGCAGCCCGCCCGCUCCGACGGAAAGCUGCGUACGACUCAGCCGCGGCCAAAACCACCGCCCUGGGGGCGCGGCGGGCGGGCGAGGGAGCCGCGGGGCCGUGGCGUGCCGGCCGUGUCCAGCCGCGGGAUCCCCGACGGUGCGGCGGUGCGCACCCGCGGCGGCUCAGCCCCGCAUCUGCUGCCCUCAAGGUCACGCCGCGCCCCGGCUGCACGGUGGCGACCAGGUGCACGGUCCGAUUACCUGCGGGGAGAACCGGCAAAAGCCCGGGAGCGCGGCACUAAGCCCCUCCGGCCGCGCCGCCCCCCCGAGCGAGCCCGGCCACGGCCCGCAGCCCCGCGGCGGGAGCGGAACAACGCUGCACCUGCCGCCACGCUGCCGCCCGCCCCGGUCGGCCGGCCGGGAGGAGAACCGCUCCGAGCGGCCGCCGCGCUUACCUCGGCGCCGUGGGGCCGCAGGAGCCUUCAGCCGGGGGCCAGGACGAGGCGCCCGUGAACCUGACGCCGCCCGCCCGCUCGCUCUCUCGCUCGCCGAGCGCACAAGGUCCCCGCGCUCCCCGCCCUGCCCACGGCCGGCCGGCCCCGCCGCGCCGCCCCCGCCCUGCGGCCGCGCGAGGAGGGCGGGAGAGGGGGCGGGGGGGUGA